AGUAUGCCUCUAAUCCUAAUCCUGGAACAUCUUUACCUUUAUCACCAAUACCUAACUUUUAUUAUACGAACGGUGGAGCUCAAACUUACAUAGACCAACAAACUGCCAUCGCAGCCGAAGCCUACCAAGCUGCAAUUGCAGCAGGAUAUGAUCCAAGUGAUCCAAAUGCUUUUGCUGCUUAUGGUCAAUAUGGAAUGCAUCCUCAAUAUUCACAAUAUUAUCCUGCUGAUUAUGGCGUAGGGUAUCCUGGAACGCCACCUCAAGGACAAACUUCUCCUUCUCUUCCACCCCAACCUUUAAGCCCCUAUUUUACUGCUACAAGUCCGCCUAUAGCUUAUUAUCCUACUUCACCACAAGUUGGGCCAACUGGUAUUAUACAUUCACCUCCGAUGCAUCCCUAUUUGUACACUCCUCAAUCUCCUUAUGGUGUUCACGCUCUUCACACUCUUUCACCAACUUUAUCUCACACAUCUUCUUCUGCUCCUAAUUCCCCACCACCCCAAUAUUUACCUGGACCUGGAGUUCCCUCUCCAAAAGUUGGUCCUUUGAAUAGUUCACGUAGUAGUACAAACCGUUCUCAACCAAAUUAUAAUUAUGUGAGAAGAAAUUCAGCUUCUCAACAAGCAUCCAAUGGUCCUAAUUUCAGCAACCCAACAAGGACUACAAAUAUUUACAUUCGUGGAUUACCACCUACCACAACCGACGAUUCUUUACAUACGACGUGUUCCGUGUACGGAAAUAUUACUUCUUCAAAAGCCAUUAUAGAUCAAAAACAAGGUGAUUGCAAAGGUUAUGGCUUUGUGAUGUAUGAAACUGAAGAUCAAGCAAAGCAUGCAAUUGAACAAUUGACGCGAUUGGGAUUACAAGUCUCUUUCGCUAAGGAAUCGUUCAGCACAAGAUUAAAGAAUUUACAAGAUUUGGCGUCUACAAAUAUAUAUUUAUCAAAUUUACCUUUAGAUAUGAAGGAGCAGCAAUUGGAAGAAAUAUUUAGCCCUUAUAAAGUUGUAUCUAAUCGUAUUCUUAGAGACCAAAAUGGUACAAGUCGAGGAGUUGGAUUUGCAAGGAUGGAAGAUCGGGAUUCUGCAUUGGAAAUUAUUAAAAAAUUUAAUGGAUAUCAGCUUCCUGGUGCCAGUUUACCACUUCAAGUUCGUUUUGCUGAUUCUUUAGCACAAAAAAAACUUAAAGGACAAACAGCAAAAAAACGUACAUGGAGAACUCGUGAUUUUACCUCUUUGGGUGGUAGAAUAAUAUCACAAGUUCCCGUCACACCCGAGCACAUGUUAGGAAUGGCAGCUGGAUCACCACCAGGACCUGGUGCUUAUUUACAAUAUUUUCCCGAAGGAGUUCAACCAGCCAGUGGAUAUCCACCUGGCUCAAUUUCACCAACAUUUGGACCACAAUAUGCAGCAACUAGAUAUUAUCAACCAAUUUAUACUGGGCCUGUCAUUCAACAUGGAGUUGAAGGACAAAACAUAUCAACCAAUGUAGCACACAUGAAUAGUCAGCAACAAGAUACAGCGAAUAGUGAAACUUCUAAUAAUUCUAAUGGUAAUGAUGACAGUACAGAUGAAUUAAGUGAACUUGUUCAACAACAAUUGGCAAUUGAUGAUGUUACUGAAAAGGAAUCUAGUACUGAAGGAGUUGAAGCAAAUUAG